UUAAGUGGAGAGACAGGAGAGAGGCUCAUUAAGCCACGCAGAGGUUCAUGCAACCAUACUGCUACUGAGAGAUCCUGAGGGAGAGUCGCUUUUGUUUUUGCUGAGAAAGGUUUAAGGGUCCCUCAUUAUCUGCAGUCAUGAUCAAAUUGUUAAGUGUUGCCAUUGUUGCAGGAUUGUUUUUUGAAAGCAACCAGCAGGUCGCCAGAGUGCCUAACUCAGAACCAACUGAUGGUGACGAUGCAGAACAUUCGCCCCCCUUCGUUCCAGAACCGCUAGGAAGGUUCUGCUACUAUCCCACACAAAUUCAAUGCUGGACAGACUGGUUUGACAGAGACAACCCUACUGGAACUGGAGACUGGGAAACCCUCUACCAUCUUCGCAACGAGAACCCAGGAAAGAUCUGCUCUAAACCAGUAGAUAUUGAGGCCAGAACUCUAUCUGGGCUCACUGCAGCUGCAGCAGGGGAUGUCAUUUAUAAAAGUGACACAACUUUGGGAUUCAUCUGCAGAAAUGGGGACCAAUCCAAGAAGAUGUGUAAUGAUUAUCGUGUUCGUUUCAGCUGCUAUCCCCCUUUCUGUGGUGGAGGAGUGUGCUGGACCAAGUGGUAUGACCGGGACGAUCCCAGUGGAGCAGGGGACUGGGAGCUUUUGAGCAACCUGAAGGCAGAAAACCCUGGAGAAAUUUGUAAUAACCCUCUGUACAUUGAGGCUGUUACCACUGACAAAAUGACCCCAGCCAUCGACACAGGGGAGACCUUCAAUGUCUACAAUCCAACUCAGGGAUUUGUUUGCCGCAACACAGACCAGAAAUCUGGAGGGUGCAGUGACUACAAGGUUCGGUUUGGAUGCCCAUGCAAUAAUUAAGCCCUGACUCCGCAACAAACACUGCGAAGGAGAGAAGACAUUGAAAUUCUUAUUGCUUUAAUUUUUGUCUGAUUUUUUCUUUUCUUUCAUGUUUUAGUUUAUACUAUGCCUGAUGAAAGAAGUAUAAUAAGCCUUUUUCACAGCUUGUAGGAAAAGCAAAGGUGUUACCAGUGACACUGACAAUGGCUCUGUCCUAUUCAAGUGUCUCAUUAAGCCAUGACAGUGAGACAGUGAGCCAGCAUGUGUGAUACUGUGACACCUAUGCAGCUAAAUGGAAUUCACCUAUAAUUAAUUUUAUUAUUUUGCCUGUGCUUUUCCUACAGUGAUGUGCUAAAAUGUCUUUGACCUAUUAGGUGCUUUCUCUCUCUUUCUGUCUUUUCUUUUUAGGGAUUAUGAAAUCAUUAUCUUGUAUGACUGUUGUAGGAAAUAAAUCAAUAAUCAACAGCAAUAAAACUACUAAUAAACAGCAAA